CGCUUGUUAAGUACUAACCCGAAGCUGUUUCUGAGUAAUCUGUACCCCAAUUUUAAAACAUUCUUAUUAAUAUAAGUGUCUUUUAUUAACUAAAGUAUUUAUUUUACGUACAAACGUUGUGUAAUCUCCUGUUUUAUCUUUUUGCUUACAUUACAUUUCUUUAUCCAUAUAUGCUAUUUAGAUUCAGACCUGACUGAUCUGUUUUAACUUUCCAAAAUUAUGUACAGUAGAUCUUUAUUUAAUUUAGUCAUCAUAUUAGGCAAUGCGACUAUCAGAUUACAGAGAUCAUGGCGCUAGUUAAUAUGUUUUAUGUUUAUACCAAAUCAUUUGGUUCCAGAAUACAUCAAUCACUGCUGAGUUAGUUUUUGUAAACUUAAAAUUCAGAAAUGAUUAACUAUUCUUUUGGUUCUGUUUGAAAAAUAUUGCAUCUUGUUCAGUGGUGUUUUCUUUGUUAUUUUGAGGAACGAAAUCUAAUGUACUUGACUUAUAAGUUACUUCAGAAUGGAUAGCUCAAUAAAUUAUAUCUUUACACUUUAUUCAACGCUCAACAUUAGAUGAAUGAAAGAUAUUAACCAAGAUGUGAUAGCUGAUUGCAGUCGUGUGUGAAAUUUUGAAGAGAUGGAUAUUUAUUUUCAGAUUGUUAUUGAUAGGGGUUUAGGAUGUUAUGGUGAUGCAAUUUCUAAAUUGUUAAAAUAAUGAACAAAAUACUAAUCAGUGAAUACACAGUGACACAAUGUGCUUGACUUAUAACUAUCCUUAAGACUGGAUUAUCGAAGUAAUAUUGAUAUUGAAAGCGAACACAGCUACCCAGCAGAACGAGUUUUUUUCAGUCAAAUAAGAUAUACAUAAAGUACUAAGCUGGUAAAUCAACAUAACUAAUUGUCGUUUGAAACGUAAGCGAAUAAACACUGUAGGUCAUCCAGGGGGCAUGCAAACUAAAGUUUGACUCUCAGACUACUCUAUUUCUCUGUAUCAGCGUAAAGUUCUGCUUUAAUGUGUUCGUUUAAAAAAAAUCACUGUGGAAAAAUCCUAUAAUGCUCUUGUUUUUUAGAUUGUGAACUAUAAUGAAUGCAACAAGUUAUAACGGAGUAGAUGGCAAGGAUGAAAUUCUAUCGUACUUGGAAAAAUUAUCCAAAACGGAACUUGAAGCCUUACUAUCUGAUCAUGAAGGCAUAAAGAAGCUAGCUAAAAAUUGUCCUGAUAUUAAAAAGAUCGAGUCUGACAAAGAAGCCUGCAUGAAUGAAAACCGACGUCAAGCUGAAGCAAAUCUAUCUAUGGAGCCAACUUUCAAUAUGAUCAAAACGGAGCUUGUAGAAACAUAUUCUAAUUACAAACAAUUAGAAAAUGAAUAUAUGAAACGUAAAUCAGAAGUUGACAACAUCGGUACAAAAUACUCUCCGAGUGUAAUUCUUGCUUUAUUACAAACUGCCAACGCACAAGCAGAAGAACAAUCUGAAGAACUGGCUAGUCGAUUUCUUGACAAAGCCAUGGAUGUUGAUGCAUUUUUGAAGGAUUUUAUUCCUCUUCGUAAACUAUGUAAUGAACGUAGAUUUAAAUGUGAAAAGUUAGCGGAGCAAUUAUCGUCUGGUCAUAUAAGGGCAUCAAGCUUUUCCAAUACUCCUCAUUCAUCAUAUGUACCUAAUGUGAUGACGAAUUCAGAUGUGUCAGCCAGUACAUCACAGCUUUAUCCUUCAUUACUAUCUCUAAGUAGUACCAAUGACCAUUUACCACCAACUUAUGGCUUUAAAAUAUAA